GGGAAGCUCCACGGAAAUGUGUGAGCGGAAUUCUUUAAAUCCCGGCUAUGUUGGUUCUCUGCUGAAUUUUACUUCCCCUGAGUCGCUGUAUUUCUCCAACUUGCGGGGUAAUGGAGCCCACAUACCCGGGCUGCACCAGCUCCCUUACAAUAGGAGAGAUGUGUGCACGCUCCCAUGGACUUCCUCAAGUGCGUGCACGUCUGGACCAGCAGUACCACCUCAGGGUCGCGCCUUCGGCGGCUACUGUCCGCCGUUUCUGUCCAACCCGGUGUCUCUAAAUACGAACUCUUCCAGCGGCCACGCCAAGGCGCAUCUGGAGGAGUCGGCCCGAUGCUUCCAGGUCACCAACCACAAGACCGAGGAGUCUGCCAGGCGAGAUGAGGUGUACGCCGCGGAGCACGGGGCCACCAGUGACCGCGGCUACUCAGACCUGGACAGUCGGUCUCACAGUUCCGCGGCCCGGCUUGAUCCGGAUUCAGUGAAUCCGCUGAAUGUGAACGACACCAAACCGGAGCAGAAUCCCAUUCACCCAUCAUCUAGUCACACAUGCUCCAGGACGUCUUUCGCAGAAGCUGCCCCAUGGUGUUCGUCACAAGUGAGAACCAGGAAGAAGAGAAAACCUUACACAAAGCUACAGCUGGCUGAACUUGAGAAUGAAUUCAUGAUGAAUGAAUUCAUCAACAGACAGAAACGGAAAGAGUUGUCAGAAAGACUGGACCUGAGCGACCAACAAGUGAAAAUAUGGUUUCAGAACCGAAGGAUGAAGAAGAAACGACUGAUGAUGCGCGAGCACGCUUUCUCUGCGUACUGAUGACCUUUGGACUUGAUCAUGACUCGCAGUGUUGUAUUAUGAAUGUUGCAGCACAUCUCAUGUGCACACACCUUUCGGUUUGUGACAUGGACUUGUAUUUAUAGAUAUGUAAAAAAAAAAGAAGAAGGAAAUUCCUGUCACAUUAUAAACUGCAACUGUAUCUAGUCCCAAGUUAAGUGAUAUCAAUAGAAUGCGACUAAAAUAGAAUUGAUUCUACUCAAUUGUUCGUUUGAGAUAUUGAGAUUGUCCAAAUGCGCAGUAGGCCCUGGCUCCUGAUUGGCUUGAAGCUGCAGAUCAUGAUUAACCUUUAAAUUGUUUCUCAUCCCGCUCAAAAUGAUAUAAAAACGACAAAACCCGUGUAGAUAUUUACACAUAUUGGUCUGUGUUUGUGUAUUUUGUAUGCUGGUCUGUUCGUGUGGUGGGGGUCUAAUGUGGAAGCAAACGGUCAAGUUCAUGUUUACGGACAGAUAAAAGAUUAACAAGUCUGUGUUACGAGAUAUAUUGUGAUUGCAUGGCUGUUUCCUACUUGUUGUUAUUAAAUUAAAUGCCCGAGUUCCCCUGCAACUAAUUGUAAAUCUGCUUAAAUGAGAAAAGUAACGUUGUUUUUGUUCUAUAUGGCCGCAUUCAAAGUAAAAAUAGUUUAGUGCAAGAAGGUGUUUACUUCGAGUGCAAAAAACAUCAUUUGUUGAUAUGAAACAUUCUGAUGUCGUUGAUUCAAAGUGCUUUAUAUCUGUAUUAAUGUAAUAGUGGAUUGUUGUUGUCAGACCAGGUUUUGUAUUCAAACGGCUCCUGCACAAUUACACCUCAAAUCAAAAUUACUUUUGCUUUCCUGCUCUAUUUUUAAAUACAUAAUUUAUUAAGUAUUCUUUCGGAUUCAAUGGAUCGUCAAAUAAAAAGCAUUAUUUGUAAGAAAACGAAUUAAACUAUAUAGACAUCUUUUUACGCACAUGGGCACAUGUUUUGUAAAAUGGACGCAACAUACAAAGAUGCAUACAUUUGUAAAUAAAGUUAAUUUUGAAUUUA